CGAAAAACGCAUAGUGUGGCUUUCCGUACUCGUCGCGGGGCGGAACUGCAGCCAGCGACUUGUUGGCUAUUCGAGCCACAACUAAAACAAAAGACAAAACAGCUCGGCCUAACAAUGGAGUACGACUGUUACCAGCACUAUUUUUUCAAUGACUUUGAUACCGAAGAGGAUUUCUACAAUUCAUGCGCUCCAAGCGAGGACAUUUGGAAAAAGUUCGAGCUGCUGCCCUCCCCUCCCACGUCUCCCCCCCAGACUCUGGAGAGCGGGGACUGCAACGUGGGCUGGUUAUCCAGAGUCCUGGCUCAGGAAGACGAGUGCGAGAUUCAGAGGCCGGUCCCCAACAUCAGCUCCAUCAUCAUCCAGGACUGCAUGUGGAGUAGUUUCUCAACCAGCAAAGCGCUGGAGAAGGUAAUGCACGGCAAGCAGUCGGCUCCGCCUCAGCCCCCAGCAGCUCGCCCUGGUUCGCAGAGCCUCGCGAAGCCAAGCAGAUCAUUCGGCUUCUCGGCUGCGGACUUUGUUGACCCUGAGGAUGUUCUCGCCUACCCGACCAUUAGCUGCAGGAAAACAGCGUCAUCUGGCUCCGAUUCUCGGACUGACUCUUCCGUGGUUCGAACCCAGAAGAACAAGAAGAGUCUUGUGGCACAGCACACAACCAAAAAAGAAGAAGAAGAAGACGAAGAAGAAGAAGAAGAAAUUGAUGUUGUCACGGUGGAGAGCAAACACAACCAGGCCCAACUGGCGAGUGUCCACAAGCCAGUGAACCUCACAGUGCCUGCGGACCCCUUCCCUAAAAGCUUCCACGCCUUGGUUCACCAGCAGCAGCACAACUAUGCAGCCCGCUCCCCCGACACCAAGCCCGACGCUCACGACGAUGAUGAUGAUGAUGAAGAUGAGGAUGACCUGGAGGAGUUCCAAAGCAAGCGUACGAGCCCGGCGUCCAGUCGUCCGAUCUCACCUUCGGGAAGCUCCUUGAACUCUGACAUGGAGGACGUAGACCGCAGGAAGAACCACAACUACCUGGAGAGGAAGAGGAGGAACGACCUCAAGUCCAGGUUCUUGGCCCUCCGAGAUCAGAUCCCAGGUCUUGAAUCCACCAAGACCCCCAAGGUUGCCAUUCUGACCCACGCCACGGAAUACCUCAAGGAGCUGCACACCAAGGAGAACCAACAGCAACAGGAGCGCAAACGCCUCAAAGCCCGGAAGCAUCAUCUCCUGCGCAGAUUAGCUGCACUGAAGCGUUUGUGAACCUCCAAAUAAGAACUUUAAUCAAUUUUGCAAAGCCACAUUGUUUUACUAUAUGACAACCUCCAGCCUCCAGUUUUUGGUUUUGAUUUUUUAAAAUACAUUUUGUAGCAGAAUUGUUGCCCUGAGCCUGUUAUUGAUGGAAGGGUUGUUAUCUCAGUGGGGUUUGUUUUCCUGUUUUGCACAGUUUUGCAGUGAGGAUGAUGCAAACAUUUUUGUAGCUUGGCAGAAGAUAUUUUCUGAUAUGCUGUGAUGGGAGCUGAGAUGCUCCAUUGUGUGUUAACCGGCUUAACACAUCAUUCAGAGUACGUGUGGAGAUGAGCUGAGGUGAAUUCAUUCCAUCAUUGCACAUUAAUAAUCGAAUGGAGUGCCAUGUAUGGUGCGAGUGCGUGAGCUGGUUGUUGUUGUUUUGAUUUUUGUGUGGCUGUUCACAUUUGUCAGUAAAUAAUAGCUUCGUGCUCUCUGUUGCAGGAGCAUAGCAAAAUCAUCAGUUGCUGCUGAGCUUUACUUUUCUGUUUGAUUGCCCACCGGGCAUCAAGGAGCCUCUAUUUUGUUUAAGAAAAUGUGGAGUUCAAAAAAAAAAAAAAAGUUGCACUGCUGUACUUUAUACUCACACGUCACUUUGGAAAAUCAAUGCAUCUGAUGGUUUUGAUUGAUUUGUUAAACAUGUGCAUUCAAAAGCAACAUUAAAUUUUGAUACCUUAUUUGCAACCAAA